AUGUCCUCAGUUGCUUCGCACAUGACGUCCGCUUCACCAACCGUGAACGGGGCCUCGAACCACGCUUUCAAGAAGACAUAUAACCUCCUGGCUAUGUCGUGGCGGCCAAUAUGUACGGUAGUCUCCAUGCUUGGUACCGAUGCAUUGUCCUCAAAACGUCCACGGGACUCGGUCGAGUCGCUUCGAGAGUGCUUUCGCCAAAUUUCGCAGACACCUUGGCUUUCAUCUAGCCGCACGGCCGUUGUGUUUGCAUCAUGGCUCAUGAUAGAGAUACUCAACGAACCACAACCACAGCCAGCGCGUUCACAACCACAAGAUCAACAAGAGUCGCCCCAGCAAGAGUCGCUUUCGCUUUCGUCGCGCCAGCAAGAACAACUCCCAAAUCGAAGGGGAGUAGACGCGACCGCAGCUCCCAUGCACCAUAGCAUGCCUGCGAAUCGUGUGCGACGGGCGAUAAUAGGGCGAAGCAUACUUGAAAAGGCCAUCGCAGCGACAAUACGCAACUUCCGGGACCACCACGGAGCCCGUGACGAGGAUACCAUGUCAGCAUUCACUGCCCAACUCGACAUAGCGAUGGCGACAUAUUCACCUAUAGGAGUCGCUCUCGAGAGAGGCAGCGAUGGCGUCAAUGACAACACGGAUAACAACGACAACACGGCCGCCGACGACACAGCCGCCGAUAACACCGCCGAUGUUGAUGACAACGAUACCGACGACGAUAUGCGCGUGCGUCUCGAGUGGUACGCCAACAACAUGAAGCCAAUUGAGUACCCGACAGGUGCCUGGCCACCACUUACAGCGGCCCUAUACGACACCUAUCAGAAACUGCAGUCCGCAGGCUACUUUGAAUGCGAAGGUUGGGAGGCUCUUGGCGACCACCGCGGGGUGCAGGGAUUUCCCUCGUUUGGCGACCUUGUAUACACCACGUACACGAGCCAAUACACCGCGGCCAACAUCAACCCACGAGCGAUCCAGUUCGCGCACGAUGCGUUCUUCGCCGUCCACCCCAGGAAGCAGGGCCAGGCGGCAGCCCUCUCAGGCUACCUGGGAAUCCCCAUGCCCGCGAUCAUGAUGAUGCCGAAGCGGCCGGAGUCAGUCGGAACGCAGUAUACUGCGUUGACCGUGCGGGAGUUUCAGUUCGCGUAG